AUGGCGUCGACGCGCCGCCCUGAGAUUUACCAGGAUCCCAGCUCCGCUUCCGACAAUGUAGUCUCGGCAUCACAACCCUCUUAUGAUCUGAUGAGCUCAGUGUUCUCUGAUGAAAAAUUGCACAUCGGCCUUCCCUUUAGCCGAAAUAUUGUCUUCAAUCCUCCCAUAUCAAGGGCAAGUGGACGCUCCCCACUCAAACCGGUCCGGCAGCAGAGCUCCUCUCCACCAAAAGCCUUGUACGACAACCAGGCGAACAUCUCGCUACCGCCUCCACAAGCCCCUGUCUUCACCACAGACUCUCCGCUAAAGAGGCCAACCUCUUCGGCCUUCCACCCGAUCGUGCACCUUAAGCCCUUGAAGCCUAUAUUUACCACAUUUCAAAGCAACGCAUCUGCGGACAAAGAAAAUUUCACCCCUACAUAUCACAGCGACAAUGUUGCAGAGUUUCCGGAUCCUUCCUAUGGUUACAAAGCUCCUUUGAAGAGAAUAUUGAGCAAUGCCGCUCCACUGCAUGAUAGACAGGCGAAGAAAAACCGUUCUGAUGAAUUGUCGGCGCCCGAGAUCCCCGAACCUCAAAACAUGCCGUUGAUCGAGGAUGACGGAAGAAAGCCACAGUACAGUUACGCAGCACUUAUAGGAAUGUCGAUACUUCGCGCUCCAGGACGUCGAUUAACCCUAGCUCAGAUAUACAAGUGGAUUUCCGACUCUUUCGCCUACUACCGUGCGUCGCAAACAGGCUGGCAGAAUAGCAUCCGCCACAAUCUGAGUCUCAACAAGGCCUUCAUCAAGCAAGAGAGACCUAAAGAUGACCCGGGAAAGGGGAAUUACUGGGCGAUAGAACCGGGAAUGGAGACUCAAUUUAUCAAAGACAAAGCCUCUCGUCGCCCAACGUCUUCCUCCGGAACGAUAUUGAAGAGCUCGUCACUACUAUCAAGCGAAGCAAGUAUCUGGUCUAGUCAACCUCAGCCUCCUUCGAGGGAAGUCGGACGUGUGACUGAAGCCACUGAACCGUCGUCCGAUGCCACGAUACCCGCGUCAGAUGCGCCAUCUCAAGAAGACGAAAUCGAAGAGAUCCUGAACAUGCCACCUCCUGCCUCACGUCUCCCGCUAUCACCUCCACUCCAGCCUAUUCACUCAUCGCCGCCGCUCCCCCGUCCGUUAUUGCCGCGUGAAGACACGCCGUCUCCCGUAGCUGGUUUUCCUCUGCCAUCGAGCAAUUCUAGAUCACGAAGGGGCAAAUUGGCUGCGAUGGACGAUAGCGGUUAUUUUUCUUCCUUGGACUCUUCGGCAACGCGGCCCUUUGCAAACCCUAUGCUCCCCAGCCUUACCGCUGAUAGACCGAGAAUCAAGCGGGGGCGAGCCGAAGAAGAGAUCGCGCGAAUCCGCUCUUCAUCACAUGACGUUAGUCCAAGUAAGGGCCGCGCGGCGGUGAAGCAGUCGCGGCCACCGGUCUCGUCCUCUCCGCUGCGCCAUUUUGAUAGCUCGUUGAUGCUUCCACCCCUGACACCAGCAGUGAGAUUCAAACUUCCGGCAAAGCCACCAGCUUCCAUUUCGCCCAACACAAACCUCAGGAAUCAUCGCAACAAGAUAAGGGAACUGGUCGGCUCCCCUGUGAAGAACACGAGUCUUUUCAACGAGGGGGUGUCUUUCAGUCCAGCCUUCAACAUCGUUGAUGAGGAACACUACUUGUUCAACGACGACUUCGACACAAGCUUCAACAUUUUUAGAGACGAUGAACAUGAUUACCGUCGGCGCUCUUCCUCGUCUCCUGCAAGACGAUCAGUACGGCGCCCGCGCACUGAGCGUGCAAGCAGGACGGCUACCGUUCUUGCCGACGUUACUGGGACGACUCUGAACAGCAAAGGACUGUUAUCGAAUGCGAAGGCCCAUGCUUUGGAGUCGCCCCUGGCGCAGAAGUCCAGCCAAAACCCGCUUGUUUGGGAAAGCAAACUCGAUGAUGUCUCAAAAGAGGAGUUGUUUGGUCUCGAGUACGACGAUGAGGAGCCCGACGAUUUCGGUGGCGUGGACAUCUUGCAAGGAUUUCAGAAGAUCGGAGGGAAUCAGCAUACCGGUUCCACUGCUCAGAGAGUGUCCAGGCCAAAUUUGGGGGCUCGAAUUCACACCGGCCCCUCGCGCUUCUAG